CCCGCCUCCGCGCCGGGACGCCCGCCUGCGCCGCGGGCCGAGUCUUGGGCGCGGGGCAGCCCGCUCGGCUCCUCCGCAGUCGCGCCCCUCGGGGAGGAGGAGGAGGAAGGAGGCGGGAGGAGGAGUUGCGGGAGAGGACGGCGGAGCGCCGUAUUCGCGCCGGCGCCGGGCGAGGAAGCGGAGCGGCCGCUGCCGGGGCAUCACACUUGGAGACUAUGUUUGGGGAGCAGUGGCUAUCCCAUUGUCCCGGGGAGCAGACUAUCGAGUAGAGGAGAAGAAAGAAGACAGAACUGACCCUCUGAAGGUCUGGGAGACAAACAGUCAUCUGAGCAUCAUGAAACCCUGAAGGUGUCACUAUGGCCUCCUGAAAUCUCCCAACAGAAAAUGGCUCCAAAGGGUAAAUGAAGCUGGAGAAAUACGUAGAUGCAGCAUUACGUGCAGCCUGCCCGGAUGUUUGAGGCUGAUAUUCCAGAGAGAAAUUGACCGCCUUGGAUUAGGGAAUUAGUCAUAAUGAAGAAAAUUAGUCUGAAGACCUUCCGGAAGUCUUUCAACUUGAAUAAAAGUAAAGAAGAAACGGAUUUCAUGGUAGUGCAACAGCCCUCGCUAGCCAGUGAUUUUGGAAAAGAUGACUCCUUAUUUGGUAGCUGCUAUGGGAAAGAGAUGACCAGCUGCGAUAUCAACAGUGAAGAUGAAAAAGGUGGGAAAACGCGCUCCAAAAGUGAAAGCCUCAUGGGUACGUUAAAGAGACGGCUCUCUGCCAAGCAGAAGCACAAGGGCAAGGGCAGCGCCCCGCCUGGCAGCUCCGCCGAUGAGGACACCUUCUCGUCCUCCUCGGCACCGCUGGUCUUUAAGGACGUGAGAGCUCAGAGGCCCAUGCGGUCCACCUCCCUCCGCACCCAUCACUACAGCCCCACGCCGUGGCCCCUGCGGCCCACCAACUCCGAGGAGACGUGCAUCAAGAUGGAGGUGAGAGUCAAAGCCCUGGUUCACUCCGCCAGCCCCAGCCCGGCACUGAACGGGGUCCGCAAGGACUUCCACGACCUUCAGUCUGAGAGUGUGUGCCCAGAGCCAGGCCACUCACUGAAGAGCUCCGAGUCCCCCAGUGGGGACCUGCACCUCCACCUCGAGGAACAUGUGCCUGUCGUCUUUGGACUUAUGCCUCAGGACUACAUCCAGUACACUGUGCCUUUAGACGAGGGGAUGUACCCUCUGGAAGGCUCGCGCAGCUACUGUCUGGACAGCUCCUCUCCCAUGGAGGUCUCUGCAGUCCCUGCCCCGGUGGGCGGCGGCUCCUUCCCUGAGGACGAGACUCAGGGGGACCAGGACCUUGUCGUGGCCCCCGAGAUCUUCGUGGAUCAGUCGGUGAACGGCUUGUUGAUCGGCACCACGGGAGUCAUGCUGCAGAGCCCCAGAGCGAGUCGCGAUGACGUCCCUCCACUCUCUCCGUUGCUACCUCCAAUGCAGACGAAUCAGAUCCAAAGGAACUUCAGUGGGCUCACCGGCACAGAUGCCCACGUGGCCGAAAGUGUGCGCUGUCAUUUGAAUUUUGAUCCUAACUCUGCUCCUGGGGUUGCAAGAGUUUAUGACUCAGUGCAGAGUAGUGGGCCCAUGGUUGUGACAAGCCUUACAGAGGAGCUGAAAAAACUUGCGAAACAAGGAUGGUACUGGGGACCAAUCACACGCUGGGAGGCAGAAGGGAAGCUAGCCAGUGUGCCAGACGGUUCUUUCCUUGUGCGGGAUAGUUCUGAUGACCGUUACCUUUUAAGCUUGAGCUUUCGCUCCCAUGGCAAGACACUUCACACUAGAAUUGAACAUUCAAAUGGUAGGUUUAGCUUUUACGAACAGCCAGAUGUGGAAGGACAUACGUCUAUAGUUGAUCUAAUUGAGCAUUCAAUCAGGGACUCUGAAAAUGGAGCUUUUUGUUAUUCCAGGUCUCGGUUGCCUGGAUCUGCAACCUACCCGGUCAGGCUGACCAACCCGGUGUCACGGUUCAUGCAGGUGCGCUCUCUGCAGUACCUGUGUCGUUUCGUUAUACGUCAGUACACCAGAAUAGACCUAAUUCAGAAACUGCCUUUGCCAAACAAAAUGAAGGAUUAUUUACAGGAGAAGCACUACUGAAAGAUGAUGAGAACCCUGCAUCUUGCACUUUGGGAAUAAGAAAAAGAGAUUGAAAUACAGUUUACAAACUUUCAUCGCUAUCAAAAUCUUUUGCUGCCAUACUAUUUCAGUUUUUUUUGUGAAAGAGUAAUCGGUUUGUUUCGGGGCGGGGAAACGUUGGCAAGGUGUCUUGGGUUUAUUUUAGUUCUUUAAAAAGGGAAGUCUUGAGGUUUUAGACGUGUGAAUUCUCUUUCAUCGUCGUGCAGAAUAAUCACAAUGUGAAUUGUCAGAUUCUCCUUAACCUCCCUCCCCGUCCUUUGCUGCUAUCCACUGUGAUUUUUAUGCAUUAAAGCACAUUUCAUGUGUAUUCAACCCUAAGUAAAGUUGAAUGAAACUUAUAGAAUGAAAAUUGUUAUGUCUCUUUAAAUGGCCCAUAUUUUCAAAGAUAGUGUUGAGUAAACAUACCCGUGUGAUAAAACACAGAAUUUACACAUACACUGAAAAUGAUUUUUAAUCUCAACUUUAGGAAGAUUUGUUUAGUAUUAUGAAUUGACAUCAUCUUGGGUAAUGGAAUGCAGAUCUGCCACACAUCUCUUACAACACUCAUUUCUAAAUUCUUUUUAAAAUUGUGCUGUUUUCGUUUUAAUUUUUUUUUUUUCUGGUUGUGGAAAGUUGAAUUUUUUUGUUGCCUUCAUUUUCAUCUUGUGGUUUGUCUGUUUUAAUAAAUGGCCUUACAUUAAAAACUUGUAAAGAGAUAUAUACCCCCAAUUUAGAAAUUGUUGCCUUUUCUGUCAUUUAGCUCUGCUACAAAUUGGCAUAACAUAUAAAGACCUAUGGAACUAGAACUAUUAUUAAAGAAAUACUAGAUGAUCAUAGUUUCCUGUGAUAGCAAUUUUUUGUGUUAUCUAUAUUUUCCUUUGGUAAAAUGUUUUAUCUGUGAUUUCUUUAGCUUAGUCAACAUUUUCUUGGGUAAAUUUGAUGUAGAACUGAUUUUCAUAAAUGGACUAGAUUCUCUUGAAACAUUAAAGUUUAUAUAAAAUUCUAACUUUAAUUUGAAUAGAAAGAAAACAUUGUUUUAAAGUUGGAUUUAUAUUUUUCUUUUGUGUAGUCACUGUUAAGAUAUGCUAGAUUUGACUCUAUAUUCAUCCCACUGGAAAAAAAAAAACCCAAACCCAAUGACUUCAGCUGAAAAAUUGUGGAAAUUGUGGAACACCAUGUAAGAAAAAUAUUAAAACCAUAUCAUACAUGGAAGUCUUAUUGCCUACCAUACAUACUACCAUUUAAAAAUAGAUUUUCUAUUUGUUUCUUUUUUAAUAUAGCUAAGUCUUAAGUAAAUUGGCAUCAUUAGUUAUUUUAUCUUUUUGAUUCAGUCCUUUUUUGGGGGGGAGAUGUUAUCCCCAUAGUUUUUAGUUGUUUUGAAAUGUAGUAUUUAGUCCACAAUUCUUUAGUGUAGUAUUUUAGGAUUGUCCCAACCAGAAAAUGUUUCCAGCUAUACCGUUUCAAAGGAAAAUGUUUCCAUCUCAGAUGAAAUAUAUAAUUUAAGACAUUUCUUCUUUUGCCACUCAGUUUUCCUAGUAGCUCGUACCUCCAUUUAAGAAUAAGAGUAAAGGUCGUAGGUCAAACUUAAUGGAUUUUUUUAUUCACACUUACCAGUAUCCCUAUUUUUUACUCUGUUUGUUUUUUUGAGGUUGGAACUGAUGAGGAUUAACAAGAAAAGGCACAAUGCCACCAUUAUCAUAUUAUGGUAUUUUGACUUCAAGGGGAAAAGGUACUUAAUUUUGGUGGAAUGUUGACUGUACCUUGUUACAGAGACUCCUCUUUCACUUUCUGAUAUGUUUUCGCCUAAUAAGAUGGAAUAUUGAGUAUACUGUAAUAAUAUAAUUUAAGUGUUCACUAUAAGCUAUUUGGAUUAAGGACUAUUACAGAGUUGUAAACCUAUCAAAUUAAUGCAAGACAUUUAAACUAUUUUUUUUGCAAAACUAUUUAUUUUUAAACAAUUUAAAAUAUAUCUAGGGUGAGUUACAAGCCCCUGUGCAUCUAUAUUAGAUGGCAGGUAUUGUCACAGAGUCGCUGUGUAUUAAUAGGUGUUGAAAUGGCUUCUCCGUGUUUCUAGAAGCAUUUACAUGUACGCUUUGUGAGACCAUGGUGCACAGAGGUCUUUGGACUGCCCCGAACCCCGUUUCAGCAUGUGGGCGUAGCCUGUCCCCCACGUUUUCCUCAUGGGAAUGUGUUGAAGAUCUAGCCUUUUAGUUUCCAGUUAAGAUUAUUCUGAUUUUCAUCUGAAUGUUUUUAAAAUUGUGUUUUGUGUUUUUAUGGAGGGCAAGUCUUGAUACUGUUCUAAUUUAGAAAGCCAAAAUCUAAAUUUUGUAUUUGUGCAUUUGUAUAUUCGGACUAUUAAAGAUUUUAAAGUAAAAUGCCCUACUCUAAUCCAAUUUGAAAUGGCUAGGGUCUGAUAGUGUAUCGAUAAAAAUGAAAAGUAUUUGCCAAGAAAUUAUUUACAAGCAAAGGAGUGUUGCAACAGUUUCUGCUUUUGCGCAGAGAGGACCGUGUGGCAUGGGCAGCAGAACGUAAUGUGACGAUUGGCGUUCUAGGGCACUGAAACCGGGGUUAAAAGGGAGAGGUUCCGGGAAAAAGAGGUAAACCUUCAGCUUGCACUUCGGUCUAGAUACAAUUUGGGUAAAUUUCUGGAUUCUAUUGAACGGUGGCUUAGGUGACAGGGACACGACCUGUGACUGAUUUUUGAAUAUGUGCUUCUGAAAAUCUGAGUUCAAGGCGAGAAAAAGAAGACAGGAAAGUUUUAUCCUUUUGCCAUAAUAAAUGAAUCAGAGUUGUGUGUUUUUUUUUUAAUCAACUAUUUCAUCACAAAACAUGACGGAAGCUAUUUCCAGGCUUACUAGGACACUAUGCAUUUUUAUAAAAAGACAGCAUGGAAAGUACUUUAAAAAUAUCUCCCUCUUUCUCUUUCUAAGGAAAACUGCUCUCUUUCUACUUGGUGCAAUAAUUCUGAAGAUUUAGAAGAACAAAAAUAUUAUAUCACAGGAAAUGAUCAUAGAACUAAAAAUAGUUUUUAAGGAAACCAGCUACACAGGGCAACCGUCUUGCUAUUGAAGAAAAUCAUGUGCCAAAAGGCUAAAUCGUUGGCAUAUAGGAAAUAAAGCGAAGUAUACGUUAUAAUUUCUGAGCCAGUAUUACUGAAACAGGAUAAAAGUUACUAAAAUCUUACAUAGGUUUUAUGCAGUGUUUUCUGCUCAUGCUACAAGUCUAAAUAUCUUUUUAGCAGUGCUUUUGGAAACACCAGUGUUAAUCAUUGUGCAUUUCACAUUGUAUAAGAGAUACUUUAUGAAUGAUUCAAAUAAUAUAUUUUCAAUCUUAAUGGCUUUUCAUUGAAUGUGAAGUCUUAAUUUGAAAAUGAAAUCACUACCAGCAAUAGACAGUUUCGUUGAAAACUCUAAUAAGGAACAAUCACCGGUUCCAUAAGUAACUUUAAAAUUCUAAAAUAAAGUAUUGGUACGCUAGUAAUCACAAAUUUGGUUUCUUUGAAUACUUUUUUAAUCCUGUAAGGAAGGCUUUUUAUAAACAUCCUUUUUAUUAGUCACAACAUGGCGAAUGUGUAGUUGCUGUUUCUGAAAAGUGAUCCAAACUCCAGAAAUGAAGAAUUCUUACAAAGUUUUGUAAUAAGUAUCCAUGUUGGGUUAAAGAAAUUUUAUAGUCGUUGGAGUGCCAUGAAAUUAAUACUUGCAAUCCAGAUUGCUGUAGUUUACAUUUUUUCUGUAUGUUUCAAAUCAGGUGUGUACCAUUUGUACUGAGAACACCACAGAAUGAAGUAUCCAAAGUCCAUUGAUUUUAAUACGUGUUUUGGUUUGUAAACAAAUUAUAGUAAUUUCUUGCACAUUUUUGGAAAUUAAUUGUAUAAGAAUUUAUGUAUCUGCUUCUAGAUACAGUGUGUAAAUAAAAAU